ACCCAAUUCAUCAUCCAUACAAGACAGUACCAUUACCAGUUCUUCUCCUUCUUCGUUUGUCAUCGUCGAGAGAGAUCGAGAGAGAGAGAGGGGCUCAGAGAAGGUGCCAUGGGAGAGAGCAACGUAGACGAGGAUGCAAUUCUGAAAUCUUUCUUCGCUGAGGUCGGCGAAGUGGAGAGAGACAACGAAGUCGCCAGAAUUCUCUCAUGCUUCAAGCUGAAUCCCUUUGAGCACCUAAAUCUACCUUUCGGUUCUUCUGUGGAUGAUGUUAAAAAGCAGUACAGAAAGUUAUCUUUGAUGGUUCACCCUGAUAAAUGCAAGCAUCCACAAGCUAAGGAGGCCUUUGGAGCACUGGCAAAAGCACAGCAGCUGCUACUGAAUGACCAAGAAAGAGAUUAUAUUCUCACUCAAGUCAAUGCUGCAAAAGAGGAGCUUAGAAUGAAGAGAAAGAAGCAUUUGAAGAAAGAUACUGCUUCUAAAAUAAAAUCCAUGGUUGAUGAGGGAAAACCUGAGCAACAAUAUGAGAAGUCUGAAGAGUUUCUACAUGAGCUUAAACUGAAGGUCCGGGAAAUUUUGACAGAUCAAGAAUGGCGUAGGAGAAAAAUGGCAAUGAGGAUAUCUGAGGAAGAGGGAAGACUCAAGAAGGAUGAAGAGGAACAAAAAGAGAUGUGGAAGAAAAAGCGUGAACACGAGGAGCAGUGGGAAGGGACAAGAGAGAAAAGGGUAUCAAGCUGGAGAGACUUCAUGAAAGCGGGAAAGAAGGCUAAAAAAGGAGAAACCCGUCCCCCGAAACUGAAGACAGAGGAUCCCAACAAAUCAUACGUGCAAAGGCCGGUGAAGAAAGGUUGAUCCUCCGAUUUUCUCUUUGAUAUUUGACCGAUCAUUGUUCCUACCAAGCAUCUGUUAUGAUGUUAUGGCCUUUUCAAGAAAAAACACAUACAUGACACGAAAAACGGGCAUUUAGGCGAAUAGUUUGUUAUCGGCGUAUAUUGUUUACUGAUAUACUGUGAUCUUAAAGCCUUGUCCUUUAAACUCUGAUCAGUUGUCGACGGUCUUAGAGUAGAAUAUACUAACUCUUUGUCUUAUGUUGGUUUCGUAUAUAUAAACACUGUUCAUGAAA